AUGAAGCGGACCCCACGAGAAAGUCACCAAGGAAUCAGCAACAAGUUUGACGAAAGCAGACCGCAGAAGGAGAGAAAGUAUCAGAUUGGAACCUCAUGCAAGGAAAUGUCUAUGACACAGGGGCUCGUUAAGUCGAAGAGCGUGUCGCGGUCGAACGGUAACCCCUCGGAAGGCAAGCGCCAAAUCCAUGUCUGA